AUGAGGAUGAAGAACCUUUUAGUUGAAGGCUUUGCAGCAGUAGGAGCGGAGAACAUAGAUGCACUGGAGGGAGUUGAUGUAGCAGCAUUGGUAAACCCAAAGGAAGGUUGGGACACAGCAGAUGUCGGAGUCGCAAAAGAAAAGCCAGUUGCCAAGGUGGACGUGGUAGUAACAGGUGAGGACGAAGUAGUACUACCAGACGACACGGCAUCGAACGAACUCGGAGCAAAGGAACUGCCACUUCCAAAGGAGAAAGGAGAGGUCGAAAUGCUGGUGAUGGCAGGAGAGGAGGUAGCGGUAGCAGAAGAAGAGAAUAGAGGGGACGCAGAGGAGGAGGCAGGAAACGGGGAUACGAAGGAUGGAGCUGGAGCAGACGUCGUCGGCACAGAAAAGGCGGGGGGAGAUGAGGACGUAGCAAACGAAGGCACCGAAGAGAUCGGGGUAGUAGAGGCGGAGGAUGGAGCAGAUGGCGAGAAAAGACUAGAGGUAGUAGAGGCGGAGGAUGGAGCAGAUGGCGGGAAAAGACUGAAGGUAGAAGCGGCGGAAGAUGGAGCAGACGUCGAGAAAAGACUGGAGGUAGAAAAGGCUGAGGAUGCGGCCGAUGAGGAGCCAAAGGUUGAGAGGCCGAAGAGAGAUGGGGAGGAACCGGCGGAGGAAGAAGCGCCUAGGGAGAAACCAGUGGCGGAAGAUGAGGCGGCGCCAGCGCCGGUGGGAGCGAAGGAGAAGGGGGAGGCGGAGGAGAGGGAGAAAGAGGAGGAAGCGGAAGAGACUGAGGGGCUGCUUAUAUAG